CCCGCGCCCGUGGGGAUGCGUGGGGCUCCCUGCGGUUCCCCGCUCCGAGAGCUUUGCCAUCCCGGGGAGCUGGGGCCACGUGCUCCGCGCGAGCGCCCGAGGCCCGCGCGCAAAGCCAGCCAGCCCGGCUCUGCCGGAGCCGGCCGGGACCCUGCGCGCCUGCGCGGCGGGGCUCCUCCCCGCCCCCAUCCUCCCCGCCCCUCCCCCCACCUGAGCCGCCAGGGGGCGGGCGGGGGACCUGCGCAGGAGGGAGCUGAGUGCGCCCCGUGGUGGUCGAGCAGCAGAUUGCAGCUUCUGGGAAACUGCGUGCGCGCCCAUGCGUGUGUGCAUGUGUGCAUGCAUGUGUGCAUGCAUGUAGUCUGCAUGGCAGAGACCCCCUGCGGUGCCGGUCCGGCCGUCUUCGGGGGGUGGGGGUGGGGGUGGGCGUUCAGAGCAGAGGCCAGCCAAGCCUGCCAGUUGUUUGUUCAGGACUUCUGCCCUCAGAGGGCUUACUGGAUGGGGAGGGGUGUGGGGGCCCAGGAUCUGAAAGAGAAGAAGGAGGUGGUGGAGGAGACGGAGAAUGGCCGAGAUGCCCCCGCUAACGGGAACGCUAAUGAGGAGAACGGAGAACAGGAGGCUGACAAUGAAGUAGAUGAAGAGGAGGAAGAGGGUGGUGAAGAAGAGGAUGAGGAAGAAGAAGGUGAUGGUGAGGAAGAAGAUGGAGACGAAGAUGAUGAAGCCGAGACAGCUACAGGCAAACGGGCAGCUGAAGAUGAUGAGGAGGAGGAUGUCGAUACCAAGAAGCAGAAGACCGACGAGGAUGACUAGACAGCAAAAAAAAGCAAAAAGAAAAAAAAAAGGGAAAAAAAUUUAAAUUAAAAAAAAAGAGAGAGAAAGAAAAGAAAAGGCCACAGUGACCUAUUCACCCUCAACUUCCCGUCUCAGAAUCUAAACGUGGUCACCUUCGAGUAGAGGCCCGGCCCACCGGGCGAGCCACCACCCACGCAGAUGACACACACGCACGCUCCUGACCGACCGCCACCAACCACCAAUGAGAAUUUCCAACAGGGGAGGAAAAACCAGACCAAAACUUCCAAGGCCCUGCUUUUUUUCUUAAAAGUACUUUAAAAAGGAAAAUUUGUUUGUAUUUUUAUUUACAUUUUAUAUUUUUGUACAUAUUGUUAGGGGGUCAGCCAUUCUUCGUGAUCUCGGACGACCAAACAGCUUUUGCCGUGUUCUCUGUCCUGCUUCUGACUUUACUUGUGGUGUGACCAUGUUCCUUACGAUCUCAAAGGAGAAAAGAAACCUUGUAAAAAAAGCAAAAACAACUACAAAAAUACAACCUUAUUCCGAGCAUUCCAAUAACUUUUUUUUGUGUCUGUACUUAGCUGUACAAUAAAUAGUUGGUUUGUAUGAGGUGGUUCAGAGGCCAAAGAUAAAAGGUAUUUUCUUUUUUUUUUCCUUUUUUUCCUUUGUCUAUGAAGUUGCGCUUCUGGGGUUUUUUGUUUUGUUUUGUUCUUUGUUUUUUUUCUUUUUUUUGUUAAAAAAGGUUUUUUUUGGCCUGUUUGUAUGUGUGAAACAUGUUGUCCAACAAUAAACCGGAAUUUUAUUUUGCUGAGUUGUUCUAA